AGAUCUAUGGCGAUAACAUUGUUACAUUAGGAUUUAUUAUAAUAUAGAAUCAAAUAACACGUUAAUAUAUUUACUCAGAUAUACAACAAUGUCAUUACUUGUAGCUAGACGAGCUCUACUGUCGCAAUCUACAGUUGCAAAUGAGUUUGCUAUCAAUUAUAUCUACUGUAAAAAAUCCACCUCUGUAAAUGAUGAAUAUGAAUAUAUUCAGAAAAGCAAAGUGCCUACAAUGCACUUUCAGCCUUCACUCCCUCAUUUACCAAUACCCAAACUUGAAGACAGUUGUAAACGUUACUUGAAUGCUCAGAGACCAUUGUUGCAAGAUGAACAGAUGCAAAAAACUGAAGCUAUUGUUAAUAAAUUUCUUAAAGGUGAAGGUCAAGCUUUACAUGCAGAAUUGGUACGUUCAGAUGCUGCUAAUAAGCACACUAGUUACAUCAGCGAGCUAUGGUUUGAUAUGUAUCUGCGUGAUCGUAAACCGCUCCCAAUAAAUUAUAAUCCAUUUUUAGUAUUUAGUCCUGAAGAUAAAGAACAAUACAAUAGACAACUAGUCAAAGCAACAAACCUUGUUGUUUCUUCUUUGAGGUUUUUAAAAUCUUUGAGAGCUAAUUUAUUAGAGCCAGAAGUUUUUCAUUUGAAUCCCAAAAAAUCUGACACAAACUUAUUUAGAACCUUCACUGGUUUAUUGCCUUCGUCUGUAUCAUGGUAUGGAGCAUAUCUUAUGAAUGCUUACCCAUUGGAUAUGUCUCAGUACUCAAAUCUAUUCAACUCAACUCGUAUUCCUCAAAUCGAAAAGGACCAAAUUGUUAUGGAUAAAUCAGCUAAGCAUAUAGUUGUAAUGAGAAAAGGACAUUUUUAUGCUUUUGAUGUCUUUAAUAAACAAGGAAGCAUUCUACCAGCACGUGAAAUAGCUCAGAACUUGCAGCAUAUCUUAGAAGACCAGAGGCCAGAUGUUGCAAAUCCUGUUGGCAUUUUAACAGCUGCAGAGAGAGAUAUAUGGGCCAGUGCUAGAUCCCAUCUGGUUCAAAUAGGAAAUAACAACGUACUGAAGAAAAUAGAUUCCGCCGCUUUCGUCGUCAUUCUGGACGAUGAACCAAUUGGUACCGACCAGAAAAAACUUCUCAGAAGAUAUCUUCAUGGUGAAGCUGAAAACAGGUGGUUUGACAAAUCAUUUUCCUUAAUUAUCAGUAAAGACGGUUUUGCUGGCAUUAACUUUGAACAUUCUUGGGGUGAUGGUGUAGCCAUUCUCCGCUAUUUCCAAGACAUCAAGAAAGAUAUUUCGGAAAAUCCACGUUUUCAUCCAGAAGACGAACAAAAUCUGACUUCAGACUCUUUGUCGGUUGAAAAACUCGACUUCAAGUUGGAUGAGAAAGUUAAGGAAUUAAUUUCUACUAAAAAAAUACAAUAUAAUAAGUGGACAAACAGUCUAGAUAUUGGUUUUCUAAUUUAUGAAGGAUUUGGUAAAAAGGAAUGCAAAGACUUUGGAGUAAGCCCCGAUGCUGUGAUGCAAUUAGUUUUUCAAUUAGCUCUCUUCAAGCAGGAAUUAAAUUCUGUUGCUACUUACGAAUCUUGUAGUACAGCUGCUUUUAAACAUGGCAGAACUGAAACUUUAAGGCCAUGCACUGUUCAAACGAAAACUCUAUGCUCGACCAUGACAAAAAAUACGUCUGAUUUGUCUGUACAGAAGAUUAAAAAGAUGAUUAUUGAUGCUAGUGAUGCUCAUACUCAGUUAAUGAAAGAAGCUGCAAUGGGUCAAGGUUUCGAUCGUCAUUUUUUCGCUUUGAGGAAACUUGCCGAAAAAUCCGGCAAAAAGCUCGAUAUUUUCCGAGAUCCAGCUUACGAAAUGAUUAAUCAUAACAUCUUAUCAACUUCGACUCUCUCAAGUCCUGUAGUAAUAGCUGGAGGUUUCGGUCCCGUUGUGAAUGAUGGAUUUGGUAUUGGAUACAUGAUUCAGGAUAGAAAACUCGGCGUCGUUGUCACAAGCUAUCACAAUCACAGAAGUACUAAUGAAUAUGUCAAUAGCAUGGAAGCCUCAUUUAAGGAUAUUCACAAAGUUCUGCUGAACAAAUGAAUCUGUUAUUAAAUAAC